AUGGAGAGCGAGUGGAGAGAAGUGAAGAGGAGAGGGGUAGCGUCGACCUAUUCCGAGAGACCACCGGUGAGGCAGCUAAAUCAUCCCAGCCAUAGGUUCUACCCAAAACCUUACCAUGUGAAAACUGAUAAAAGGUAUGGCGAAGCAGACGCAUGGAACCGUGACUCACAUCCUUGCAUGCGGCACUUCCGACGAGAAGAUAAAAAUGAGGUGACCACUUACUUCUUCAAUAACAUCCCUGAAGAUUGUAGUGUUGAGUUUCUCAAAAGUAAGUUUGGAUCCGUUAGAAAAGCCUUGGAUGUUUUCUGCCCGACAAAGCGUGAUCUCAAAGGAAAACCUUUCGAUUUUUUCAGAUUCGAAGGAGUUUCGGAUCCGGAGGAACUCUUGGCUGAUCUCAACCAGCUUUGGAUUGGCAGCUAUAAAAUUAGGGUUUACAAACCUAGGUUUAAUAGAGCGAGUGAUGUUGUUUGGGGAGGAAGAACUGACAAGGAAAACGACAUACCUUCGGCUAAUAAAAUGAACGUUGGAAUCUCGGCUGGAACUAGGAAGGCCGGCGUCUCGUUCAGAGAGGCGCUGUUGGGUGAAAAUGAAGACAGAGGGGAGAAUUGUGGUGAGGAUAUCUUUGAUGAACAACUGAUAUUUCAACCCAUGGUGGAUGAAGUAGAAUGGCUUCAAGAUGCUUUUACGGGUUAUUUAAAAACAGAUUUUGUCUGGGAAGAGGUUAAGGACGAGAUCAACUGUGAAUGCGCAGGUAGAAUCAAGGUGACUACACUUGGCAGUAACAUGGUCCUGGUUCAAAGUUUUUGCGAGCAAUCCGUUGACGAGGUGCUGAAAGACUUCGACGAGUGGCGAGUGUUCUGGUUCCAAUGGUGUAGACCAUGGAGGAAUAUUGACGUUAAUCCUCAACGCAUCAUCUGGACAAGGUGGUUGGGUGUCCCUUUGAAUGCCUGGAACCCUAGGUUCUUCAACUUAGCUUGCUCCAAAUUCGGUCUAGUGCUCAAAUUGGAAGAAGGAACAAGGUACAGAGAGAAGCUGGAUGAAGCGAGAAUCCAAAUCUCAACAGGUCUACAGUCGGUGGAUAGAGUACUCAACUGUAGGAUCAAUGGUGUUGCUUUCAAAAUCAGGAUAGAAGAAGUGAGAUACCUUGACGAGUCUCCGACUAACGAAGACAGAAUGAAGGGGGAUUCCGAAUCUGAGUGGUCUCUUUCUCCGGUGGAUGCCAUCAUCGGAAUUAGCUCAGAAGUUGAGGAAUAG